AUGGCCAUCCCCAAGAGCCCUCUGAGCCCAGUACUCUGGGAACAGGAUAGCUUCCUUCAGGUGAAGGUGAAAGAGGAGGAAGAAGCUAGCCACUCCCAGAGCCAGGAAUCCAGCCCUAGCUUUACUGCCCACCCUGAGGCUGCACGCUUGCGCUUCAGGCACUUCCGCUAUGAGGAGGCAUCCAGCCCCCAUCAGGCUCUAGCCCAACUGCGAGAGCUAUGUUGCCAGUGGCUGAGGCCAGAGUCGUCCUCCAAAGAACAGAUGCUGGAGUUGCUGGUGCUGGAGCAGUUCCUGGGUGCACUGCCCCCUGAGAUCCAGGCCUGGGUGGGUGCUCAGUGCCCAAAGAGUGGAAAGGAGGCCGCCGUUCUGGUGGAGGAUAUGACUCAACUGCUGGACAGGAGAGGAUGGGAACCAGCAGUGGAAUGUGAAGAGGCAAGUUGCAAACAGAGCAAUAGUGAUAAAUCAGAGCCACCAGAAAUGGCCACUGAAACCAUCAUGGGAAGCAUUUCCCCAGAAGCUACCCUUGCCCACACUUGUCAACCUGAGAGCAGCUCAGAGAGCCAGCCAGAGCUCCUGGGAGAACUGUGGAUGAAGUCUACUGCCCAAGAGAUGGAUUUCAGAAAAGCUCUGGGGCCUCACAUGGAUGCUUCCAAAGACCAGCCUGUACAAGAGUCUGAUGCCUCAGGAAACAGUUCCAACAUGUGGCCCAACUUCCCUUCCCAAGACAAGGCUUCUUCUGAGGAGAAAUUUGGCCCAUUGCUUGAUAAUGAUACAGUGCCUCCAGAUACAUACUCAGAGAAGAAGGCCUCCAACAAUAGUGAAUGUAUGAAAACAUUCCAGAACACUUCAGCCCUGGAGACCCACCAGAAGAGCCAGUCUCAGAAGACCCCCUAUGCCUGUACUGAGUGCGGGAAGGUAUUCAGUCGGAGCACCCAUCUUGUCCAACACCAGGUUGUUCACACAGGAGCAAAGCCCCAUGCAUGUAAAGAGUGUGGUAAAGCCUUCAGUCGAGUUGCCCACCUGACACAGCACCAGAGGAUUCAUACUGGGGAGAAGCCCUAUAAAUGUGAGGAAUGUGGCAAAACCUUCAGCCGCAGCACCCACCUCACGCAGCAUCAGCGGGUGCACACAGGCGAGCGGCCCUACGAGUGUGAUACGUGCGGCAAAGCCUUCAGUCAGAGCACCCACCUGACACAGCACCAGCGCAUCCACACUGGGGAGAAGCCCUACAGGUGUGAUGUGUGUGGGAGAGCCUUCAGUGACUGUUCAGCUCUGGUCCGGCACCUGAGAGUCCACUCCGGAGAGAAGCCGUAUCAAUGUAAGGACUGCCCGAAGGCCUUCGCACAAAGCUCCUCCCUCAAUGAGCACCAGCGCACUCACACGGGUGAAAAGCCUUACAAAUGCAGUGACUGUGGGAAAGCUUUUAGCCGCAGCUCAGCUCUCAUGGUGCACCUAAAGAUCCAUGUCACCGUGACUCGAAGCACCCCUUAGGGUGCAGCACAGCCUCCCCGAGAGACUCAGCAUCUAAGACAUCCUGAAUGCCACAGGAGCCAAAAGCACCAGGGGUUGAUAAUUGUGCUGCUAGUGUCCACCGCGGGCAGAGUGGGGCCGUCUGGGAACACCUCUACAUUGGAGGCCCCACGGGAAGUCCCUUAAUGAACACAGAUUCAUACCAAUUGAUGACACUUCUAGAAGCUUCCUACUGUCCUCCAUCUCCCACUCAGGCUGGUCCCAGGGAGACGAUACUAGUGAACUAAUGAUCUGCAUUGUUUCUUGGAACCAGAGCAAGUAAAAGCGGGUGUCUUUCCAGGCUCAGAUGGCCCAAGAUCCUCAAGGCAGGAAGACUCAAGCUUCAGGUUCUCACAUGGCUACUGUUCUUGCCGGUACCUUUGAUGGUCAGCCUAGAAUGGCCCACUCUGUGCCUUUCACACCUGCUUCCCCACCAUUACUUUAUGCCUAACUCCAAGACAGACUUGUGAGGCUGCCUCUCCAUGCUAUCCCUCUCAUGUUCUCCCUGCUUUAAUCCACAGUGAUGCUUGACACUUGGCCAGUAUCUGUCUUCUCCCACGUCUUCCUUCCACAUCUCAUAGGCUCCAGCUCUGUGGAGUCACCUCAGGCUCAUCUCUAAUCUAGCUCCUCCUCCAGCAUCACCCCCUGUGAGCUCACCUUGCCUCCCACUGGAUUUUUAUCAGGGCUUUCCUUUUCUCAUCUCUUCCUGCCUUCAUUCCAUUCCCACCCACUUUCCUGGCGCAUCUUUUUCUGCUACCCAGCUCACAUUGAAUCAUUCCAUGACACAAUAUGUUGUCAGUGACUCACCUCUUCAACAAACAAGCAUGCCAGGAUACAUGUCACUUUGGCCCAAGCAAUUACUCUAAUUAUCCUCAAAUGUGUAUAUAAAUGUUGUCAUUUGUCUUUGAGCACAGUGUGUGAAAGUGAUUUCAAAGUGCUGGUCUGCCUGUUGGGCAAACUACUCUCCUUGUCUGUUGUCUUGUGUUUGCUCCAGACCUGGCCUCCUCUUGCCUCUUCCACUCCUCGUAGCCUCAGCUCCCACAUGCCAGCCAUUCGUUCCCCUACCUAUGUGCCUUUUUGUCUGUCCCUGGGACCCUGAGGCCUUCUUUCCUCUGUGUUGUCUCAGAUAUCCUCGAAAAGCUUCCCCAAACACUUUGACCUGACCUUACCUUGCCUGACACUCUUGCUGCUGGAGUACCCCACUAUUAACUGUCUUAAGCCUCUUACCAUGUCAUUGUGCUUGCACCUCUUACACAAUGCAUAGGCCAGCGCUCCCAAAGUAUUUUAUGCUGUGAACACAGUGCACAAGAUGCAGCAAACCCUUCCCGCUGUCUCUAGGAUGAGUGUAACCAAUACCUCCCCUAGGUAGUCACUGUCAUCCACCCCAUGUUUUCUUCAUAAAGUCAUUUAUGGAAGAGCCCCUGUGCCCAUGUAAGUCCAGCUGCAGUGGUCAAAACAAAACAUGGCCAUACCAAGCCUUCCUUGCCUCAGGUCCUAAAGCCCUGGGUACCAUAGACUUAAGGGAUGCCAGCACUCUGCCAAUCCUAAAGCCAUAUUCUGUUCACUUUGCCUGCCUUCGUUUCCUUCAGAAAGACAAUCCCUUAGCUCCUGUGCCGCCUGACUAACAUGGGUGACUUCACAAGGUUUUCUUUUCAGUCACUGAUCUAUGUGAGCUACUGUAUCCGUUAGCAUAAUACAUUUUGUUUUCCUGAACCUC